AUGGGCUCACAGGAGGGCGGGCGCCUCGUGCGAGGCCGCAGUGCCGCCUCGGCCUCUCCCCAGAUCCGCAUUGUUUUUCGUCUUUGCCUUUUCUGCUGCAUCUCUCUCGUCAGGUCUCCGCCCUCCACUCCCGCCGAAAGCCUGCGCGCGCCGCAGCCGAGCCACGCCGGUUCAUCCGCAGGCCCCUUUCUUUCGUUUGCCAGCUUGGGGGCGGGCGACGCGGUCGCAGACGCCUCUCUUCCGAUGCAGACUCUCUCUCCUCAGGCAGCGCUUCUGGGCUCCGUAGACAGACAGGCGAGAGCUGAGAGCUCGCGUCGCGCGGGAGUCCCGAAUAGACGCGGGCGCGUUUGGUCCGCGUUGUCUGGCGCAUCUGAUUGGUCGGCGCUGUCGAUACACCGCAGGAGGGACGCUUCCUCCGCCUUCCCUUUCUCUCCGUCAGGCCUGGAUUUAUUUGCAUGGCUGCCGCGUGACGUCGACGGGGGAGGGGGUCGCUGGAGUCGCGAAACUGAGCCGGAGUUUCCGCUGGACUUCAGCAGGCGUCGCCAGCAAUUCGUCCGCUCCGCGGCACAACAUGACACACAAGGGUGGUGCGGCUGGAGGCGACGCUUGCGACCGAAUGCUGACGGCAGACAGCGUUCACCUGGGCGGGUUCCUGCUGCCUGUGCCGCAUUUCUUUUAUCAUCGCUGCCAGUCUUCUCAAAGACGGGACACGCGCGUCAGCCUUCACGCGCUUCAUCGCCCCUUCUUCGCCGCCACGGGCGAACGCUGCCGCUCGCCAUUGACGCGUGGAAGCGCGGCCCUUUUACCAGCCCAGCUGAACCGCUUCGCGAGAUUCGUGUUCUGUCGACCCACAGCAGACUCGCAAGCAGCGCCUUUGCGCCGGGUUGCACGCCAGCGGAGGCGCAAAUCGACGGCCAAGCGUCGCCCGCGCCCUCUUCAAAACCGUGGGGGUUUUCGGUGAGGAGGCUCGGAACGAGGAGGCGGCAAGAGGGAGAAGCAAGGAGCUUGAGGGGGGACGUGCACAGACUCCGACCUCUCCCGCUUGACGCCUCUUCCUGCUCAUCUUCAGAGGAGACACCAGAGCCACACGCGAGAUCCGCCUCGGGGCUGCCGCGCUCCUUUCCGCACCGCACUUGGGAGAGGCAUCUCUACACCUGGUGGGAGAAAACUCUUGACAUUUUCGAUGCCGACACCGCCGCGGCGCACGUGGUUGCGGAUGCAACGCUUCCGGCACGCCCGCGUUUGGCGGCGCUCUGCGAAAACGACCCCAGAGACCCGCUGUCUUGCAGCAAGGAGGAAGACACACGCGACGCAGUGCCCACCCGCUUCCGUUUGCUCAUGCCGCCUCCCAACCUCACGGGGCCGCUGCACCUGGGGCACGCAGCCAGCCUGGCGCUCCAGGAUCUCCUGGUCAGGUUCAGACGCAUGCUCCUGAUUCGCGCAGAUGCAGAGAGUUCGCAGAAUGAGGAACGCGCGAGGGGAGACCUGGGUGGAGGAAGGGAAAGCGGCGACGGUGAGCGGGCGGCCAAGGGCGUCGACGACGCAGAGAGGAGCCCCGAGGCGGAGACGGAUCUGCCUGGAGGCGAGUUCGCCAGCCGGGCGGGAGACGCAGAAGUAGCCAGCCUUUCGCGGCUCGCAAGGCCGACUUGUCCUUCCGCCAGCCGUCCGCUGAGCGAAGAGGGCGACGGCCGCCGCCCCGACGCCUUGUUGUCUGCGUGCCCGACCGAGUGGAUCCCCGGCACGGACCACGCAGGCCUCGCCAUGGCUUGGCUCCUGCGCCGCCACGAGCGACGCGUGGCGCAGCGGAAAAAGAAGACAGGAAACGCCGCGCCUCGAGGCCUCGCGGCGCGCGAGUCGCCUGUCGCAGAACAGAGCGGGCGCGGGGCUCGUGCGCUGCUGGAACGGUGGGCGGCCGUUUGCCGCCACGUAAUCCGGUGCCAGCAGAGAAGACUGGGGUGCUCCUGCGACUGGCGUCGCAGUGUAUAUACACUCGACCCCGCGUACAGCCAACUGGUCGCGCGGGUUUUCGUUCAGCUGUGGCGGCGGAGCCUGAUUCGGAAAGGCAAGUACCUCACGCUGUGGGACACGGAGGCGCGGACCGCGCUCGCGGAUUUCGAAGUCCUCUUCCCUUCUCUGGAUGCCUUGCGCGAGGCCGAAAAAAACGCCCUGAAGCAUGCGCGCGGCGACGGCGCGUUGCCAGCGAGUCCGCGAUUUCACGAGGCGCUUCGCCCCCAGGCAGAGGCGGAUACGAGCGUAGCUCAAGCGAACGGUGGCACUGAGGUCGGUCGCGCGCCACGAGGGAGCCAGACGAGCUGCGAGAAGGGGCUCCAGCGCACAGCGUCGCAUUUGAGCGCGGACGCCGAUUCAGGAACUGAGCGCCGAGAUUUAGAGGAGCGGGAUGAGUGGCUCAGGGCCCAUGAAGACGGAGGCGCGAGUGGAGUGCUCGGGAAAGACGUCGGCGUACAGAAGACGACAGAAUCAGGAAAAUCCUCCCGGCUUUACUUCCUCGCUUGCAAACUUGUCCCGGGGCUCCCGACAAAAGACCCUGAGACCGGCGACCGGCCGCGGACAGAGGACAGUGAACGAGAGAGGGCAGAUGACCCAGGAAUGCGCGAGGAGGGGCAGGAGGCAAAGGCGCCAGAGAACGAUCUCCGCGUCGCGAUUUGCCUGGAAGACCCGCGGCAGCUCCGCGAUGUCGCCGCCGUAUGCGUGAAGCCGCAUGCUUUUCAGCGUCUCUGCGCUCAAGCUGAGAAAGACUACGCCGCUGGUCUCCCUUCCUCUCUCGCGCGUGUCACCUCUCGUGCGAGGCCGGGCUCUCUGCCUCUUGCCACGGGCCGUCCGCUUCCCUGGCAGGUCGUCCUGCCCGGGGUCGGUCGCUCCGUUCCUCUCCUCAUCCACGACGGCGAAUACCUUCAUCCCCUUGCUGCAGCUGCCGCCACGCGCCUUCGCGAGCUCCAAGCCCCGCGGCCGUCCUCUGCUUCUUCUUCAAGAUCGUCUGCGCCGGCCGCGUCUUCCUCAUCCUGCAUCGGGGAGACGACUGGCGCGGUCGCCAGCUGGCCUCGCCCCGGCGACCCAGCAGGUGUUUCUCGGGCGCCACUGGAGGAUCGUCUGGGAACGGAUGGAUGCGCGGAGACCCUUGCGCCCAGCCGGGAGAGGGAGUUGGCGCUGCGCGUCGCUUGCGUCGGCGUGACCGCCUUCUCCGAGGGUCCGCACGCGGGCGAGAUGAGCGCGCCGACGCCGCCCUCAGGGCCGCAGGCCACGGCGUCUGCGCCGUCCUUCGCCCUCGGCGCUGCGCCUGCUUCGCUUUCCGCCGCUGCAGGCGCGCCGUCGCCCGAGCGUCUCUGCCGCGCGUCCACUAGUGGGAGCAGCGCCCCGACCCGCGGCGGCGCAUCCUCUGCGCUUUCGGCGUCGGCCUCGUCCUCGGACUUGUGGAGGCAGAUAGACCGCGAGCGCGGUUCGCUGGGGUACUGGGAAGACGCUGACGAGAGCGGAGACGCCCCCCCAGGGGUCGCGCCACGCAGCUUCCUUCGCAACUGGCCCAAAUGGACGUCUACGCGCACGGGCGCAGAAGUCCAGCUGCGGCUUUCGUCGCAGUGGCUGCUCGACCUCCCGGCAGCGGCCCGCGAAGCGGCGAAUCUCGCGGGGACUUCGCAGGGCGAAGGCCCUGAGGAAGACGCCGAGGAGGAAGGUGGGCGCGCAGAAAACGCAGAGGCUGCACCGGCGCGGAGUGCGCGGCGCCGGCUGCAACUGCUCCCUGAACGCGUGGAGCGCCAGUGGAGUAAGUUCGUCGGCGCGCAGGCGAGCCUGCGGCCUUGGUGUCUCUCCCGACAGCUGGACUGGGGGGUGCCUCUUCCCGUGUGGCGAGUGCGGCUCUUCGGAGUGUCUCGCGCAGCAAAGAAGGCCGCGCAGACUGUAGAGAAAACGGGCACGGACACGGGCGUGAGUGCGAAGGCGGCGCGCGAAGACGCGACACCAGCAAGCGCGCGGGACGCGAGGGGGGCUGCUCAGGCUGACGCGCGCCUCCUCGCGGAGGCUGAGAGGCGAAAAGAGAGCGGAGAAGGACCGCGGGGCACGGAGGAGACAGGCGGCCGCGCAGGGCGCCGCGACCGCGCUCGUGAGGCGCCGCACAGCGGAGAGACUGAGGGCGGCGGCGAGGCAGGAGUAGGGGCCGACGCGCGAGAGGAAGACGAGCUGGGGGGGGGAGUGGAAUACGCGUGGGAUGAGGUGGCUGCCUCGGAGGAGGACGCGUGGAAGGCGAUUGAAGCAAAAAUCGUCAGGCACCUUCUUCGCGCGGGCAUCGAGAACCCCAAGGAGAGGGCAGCGACGAUUCUGCAGGGAGCUCGGCUGCGCGCCUCGAGCGGUGGACAGGAGAGCCACGGCGCCAGAGAGCUUCCAGCUGAACAAGGGGAUGGCGAAGACGAGAACGGGAGGGGCGAGACGACCCGGACGCGCGGCGAAGAAGAAGACAUCUACGCUGAGAUUGCGCAGACGAAAGACGUCCUCGAUACCUGGUUCAGCAGCGCCCUCUGGCCUCUCGCCUGCGCAGAGGCCGCGUGCAGAGAUCGUAAAAGCAAUGAAGAUGCCAGCGAAGAGCGAACAAGUGGGACACCUGCCGCCGUCGCUCCCUUCUCCCCUUCUCCAGCUUCUACUGCUCUCUCUUCUCCUCCUUCCUCAUCGCCAUCCCCUCUAUCUUCGCCUUCCGCCUCACUUUCUGUGUGCGACAGUGCGCGUUUGCCUCCGCUCUCUUCGCGCGAGGGGAGGGGAUGCGCGCCGUCAGCUGCGCCGCGCGCGCCUCACACGGAGCUCGUGACCGGCGAAGACAUUCUUUUCUUCUGGGUGCUGCGUCAGUUCGUCCUCUGCGGCGCGCUCACGCGGCGGACGCCCUUUUCGCGCGUAACCCUCCACGGGCUGUUGGUCGACGGCGAAGGCAAGAAGCUGAGCAAAACGAAGGGAAACGUCGCGCGCGGCUACCUGAACCGCGUCAUCGAGGAGGCUGGCGCCGACGCGCUGAGGUGGACUUUGCUGAGCGGGAUCUCGCCGGGUUCUUCCAUUGCCUUCGACCAAGAGGCCCUCGCGGUCUCGCGCCGGUUUCUGCACAAGCUGUGGAACGUCGGCAGGUUCGUCGAGAGGUUUGCUGCGACUUUUCCUCCGUUCUCCGCCUCGGCGCGGGCAUCGUCUCCGUCGUGCGGCGAGAGCGAAGCCCGGGGCGAGACCGCCGGCGCAUGCCACCGACCGGCAGAAGACGCGCGAGGGCAGGCGAGCCAAGAGGAAUCCGCGGAGAGACGAAGCUGCCAGUCUCCUCUUGUGGCGCGCUACUUCUGGAGCCGGUCGCUGGCCGUGGCUCGCGAGGUUUCUGCGCUUUUGGAGCGAAUGGAGACCGGUGCAGCUGCGCAGAUCCUUCAGAGUUUCCUCUGGCGAGAAGUCGCGGACUGGCUCAUCCCGGCUGCCGCGGCGGCGCGGGUCUACUCCGGCAGGCCCGAAGAGACGCGACCCGCACGAACUGACGGCGGAGAGAGAGACGCAGGUGGAGGGCGUGCAGCGCCAGAGAAGGAUCCUCGCGCAGACGCCGGCGACGGCGAGGCGCGCCCCGAGGCCUGGGAGACGAUCGUGGCCGCGACGGGCGAGCAGGGGGCGCGUGCGACCGCGUUGGAGCCCAAAGAGGGGGGGCCGACGCAAGAGCAAAGGAUGAACGCUGAGACGCGCCUUGCGUUAGUGGAAGAUCUCGGCUUGUGGAGUGAACUUCUCCUCUCCGUUUUCGAUGUUUCGCUGCGCCUGCUGCACCCUUUUGUGCCGUUCGUCACCGAGGCUCUCUUUCAGACAGUCGUUCUCCCGCACGCACCGAGACACCACGAGCGGCUCAGGGCCUCUGAUUGCUCAACCUUCUCUAGAGAGACCCCGUCAACUUUUUCACCUGCGCCUUCGGCUUCAGCUGCGCCUCACCCUGGCACAUCCGCCCAUUCUUCAACGCCGUCGCCGUCCUCCACUGUGUCCUCUGAGGCUCGAGGCGCCGUAGGUCCUUCAGCGUCGAUGCCCGUCUCUGGCCUGGAUUCCUCGCCGCCCCUGAAUUUGCCUCGCGCACUGGCGGCCUCACGCUGGGCGCUGCACUCCUCAGAGAGGCCGCGCCUCGACACUGAGGCGCUGCGGCUCUUCCCAGUGCUGCAAACUGUCGUGAGGCGAAUUCGGCGAGCUGUGAAGGAGUUCCAGCCGCAAGAGCCGCCAGAGGCGGAGCCCGCCGGGCGACCCGAGGACGAGGAUCCGAGCAGGACAACAGAGAGUUUCUCGCGAAUGCCUGAAGUAGAUCGAGAUGGUCAGCGCGUAGUCCCGCGAGGCGAGCUUCGAGUAGAACUUGCGUCGGAGGACGAUGCGCUGAGCGCCUUGAUUGAAGUGAGAAGGGAGACUGCAUGUGUGCGCGGCGUCGUUCUCGUCGUGCCCAGUAGCGUCAGUUUCGCGGAGGAAGGAUACGCGCUCGCGGGAGGAGAAGGAGAGUGUGGGCUGACUAACUUGCUUUUCUCUGGGUGCUUCAGCGAGAGAAAGGCGCGAAGAGGAACGCUCCGAAGUUCUGGCGCUCACUUGUGGUUUCCCUUUCGUCUGGGCACCGCGUGCGUGUGGCUCCCAAGAACCUCGCGCGCGGCCUUCUCUCCUCUGCGCGCUGCACGCAGAGAGCGUUUUUUCGUAGCGACGUGGGCGGCCCUUGCGCCGUCGGCGCUCUCCGUCGUUCGCCGCUCUCGGUCACCAGGAUGCAAGCCCCGCGCAGCUCGCGAAACGCCUUUAGAAGAAGGCAGACGCGCCAGCGAGGACGCUUCAGAGCUUGACGCCAGCGUGCGGAAAAUGGAAAUCCGCGUAAGCCGGUCGCUGCCGUCGCCGUUGUGCGCGAGUCGGCGUUCUGCGUGCUCUCCGCCUGAAGAUGUGCAGCCCUGCGCCGCGUCGCAGCCAGCGAGGCAGUGCGGAGGAGAAAGAGAAGACAACGGUGAUGACAAACAGAAAGCGGACGCCGCCGAAAGGAGACGCGAGAAGAGCGCGGCGCAGCGACACAGAAAGGGCGAGAAGCUGAAGGAACAGAUUGCGGAGCUCGAGGCGCGGCUCGCAGUGCCUGAAUUCGCGGUUAGAGCUCCGGCAGACGUCCAGCGGAAACUGCGUGUGCGGCUUGAGCGCGCGAAGCACGAGCUUGCGAAGGCAGAGAGACUUUGA